AUGAAGACCAGGCGAGAUAAACUGAAGAUCCCCUCGCUGACUCUGGAUUUAUCACCCACUUGCCAGAGCCCCACCCUCCUGAGCCCAUGCAGCCCCUGCAGUCCCUGCAGCCCCUUACAAACACUUCAUCCCUGGAGCUGUCGCAGCAGCAACAGGAAGAGCCUCGGUGUUGGCACGCCAUCACCCACACUGUCCCGGCCGCUCUCCCCGCUCUCUCUCCACACAGCAGCAAGCAGCCCUCUUGACAGCCCCCGAAAUGUGUCGACCAGUGCAUGCCUCAACUUUCCAUUUGCACGAAGUCACUUGGCUCGUGCCGACAGAGCUGAGGGCCGGAGAUGGUCCCUGGCAUCCCUCCCCUCGUCUGGCUAUGGAACCAAUCCGCCGAGCUCCACCGUCUCAUCCUCUUCGUCCUCACAGGAGCGCCUUCACCAGCUUCCCUACCAGCCGACACAAGAUGAACUGCACUUCCUUUUCAAACACUUCCGCAGCACAGACAGCAUCACUGACGAGGACGGGCGACCCUCGACAGUCAUACGACCUCGGUCCCGGAGCCUCAGCCCCGGGCGAUCGAGUGUCUCCUUUGAUAACGAGAUAGUCAUGAUGAACCAUGUUUACAGAGAAAGAUUUCCAAAGGCCACAGCCCAGAUGGAGGACCGCUUGUUGGAGAUUGUCACCCACUGCUCUCCAGACAGCUCUCUCCCGCUGGCUGACGGGGUUCUGGGCUUUAUCCAGCACCAGUUGGUUGAGCUGGUCAGAGACUGUCUGGACAAGUCCCAGAAGGGCCUGGUGACGUCCUGCUACUUCGCUGAACUGCAGGAGAAGCUGGAUAAGCUGCUUCAUGAGGCCUACGAGCGCUCUGAAAGCGAGGAGGUAACAGUUAUCAUCCAGCUGGUGAGGAAGAUCCUCAUCAUAAUCUCUCGGCCGGCUCGCCUCCUUGAAUGUCUGGAAUUUGACCCAGAAGAGUUCUAUCACCUACUUGAGGCAGCAGAGGGUCACGCCAAAGUCGGCCAGGGAAUCAAGACAGACAUCCCUCGAUACAUCAUCAACCAGCUGGGUCUGGCGCGGGAUCUGUUAGACGACAUGGUGCAGCUUGAUCAGUACGAUGCCAGUCCUUCAGUGUCAGUGGAAACCAAUGCCAGUGUGGAGAAUAAGGCCCCACAGACCCUGACCCCAACUCGAAGGAAACCUCUUGAGAGUGAUUUUGAGACCAUCAAACUCAUCAGUAAUGGGGCUUACGGGGCCGUGUAUCUGGUCCGACACAAGGAGACUCGCCAAAGGUUUGCCAUGAAAAAGAUAAAUCGUCAGAACCUGGUCCUGAGGAACCAGAUCCAGCAGGCGUUUGUGGAGAGAGACAUCCUCACUUUUGCCGAGAACCCUUUUGUUGUCUCUAUGUUCUGCUCUUUUGAGACACGACGUCACCUCUGCAUGGUCAUGGAGUAUGUGGAAGGUGGAGAUUGCGCCAACUUGCUGAAGAACAUGGGCCCGCUGCCUGUAGAAAUGACAAGGAUGUACUUUGCAGAAACCGUCCUGGCCCUGGAGUACCUUCACAACUAUGGCAUCGUACAUCGAGAUUUGAAACCUGACAAUUUGUUGAUUACGUCUAUGGGACACAUCAAGCUAACGGACUUUGGCUUGUCUAAAAUUGGCCUGAUGAACAUGACCACCAACCUGUACGAAGGUCACAUAGAGAAAGACACAAGAGAGUUUAUUGACAAACAGGUGUGUGGUACUCCAGAGUACAUUGCCCCGGAGGUGAUCCUUGGGCAGGGCUAUGGGAAGCCAGUGGACUGGUGGGCAAUGGGGGUCAUCCUGUAUGAAUUCCUGGUCGGUUGUGUUCCGUUCUUCGGCGACACACCGGAGGAACUUUUUGGACAAGUUGUCAGUGAUGACAUCAUUUGGCCUGAAGGAGACGAUGCCUUGCCUGCUGAUGCUCAGGACGUGAUCACCCGUCUGCUGAGGCAGAGCCCUCUAGACCGACUAGGAACUGGCGGUGCCUCAGAGGUGAAACAGCACCCCUUCUUCCUUGGUUUGGACUGGAACGGACUACUACGACAGAAAGCAGAGUUCAUUCCUCAGCUGGACGCAGAGGACGACACCAGCUACUUCGACACUCGAUCAGAGCGCUACCAUCAUUUGGCAUCUGACGAGGAUGAAGAAACCAAUGAUGAAGAGUCUUCCUUGGAAAUCCGACAGUUUGCUUCCUGGUCGAACCGCUUCAGCAAGGUUUACAGCAGCACAGAACAUUUGGCGACACCGUCCAACCUGAGCUUCUCCUCUGACCGCAGCCACAGUGAGGACAAGGAGGACCGUGGGGAAGUGGGAGGACUCAGUCCCUCACCAAGCCCAGCAGAGAGCAGCAUGGAACGCAGACACCCCGGACGCAUGGCCAGCCUUCGCCCUCGGGCCUCCUCCAGUUCCUCCCAGUCUGAGAGGAGUACCAGCCCGCUGGUGAUGAGCAGCACCCACAGCCUGGAAACGAUGCCUCGCUUUGCCCUUUCUACUGACGAUGAAGCGGAGGUGGUUGUUUCAAAUCUUCGGAGGAUCAGGAUUCGCAGCAACAGCACAGGAGCCAAACACUCAUCACCCAAAGAACCGGCCGGCCCUAGGCGCUUCGGAAACCAGCUGGAGACGCCAGACAAACAGAGGCUUCCCUGUGGAGGGAAGGUUCCCAGGUCUGCUUCUGUCUCAGCCCUGUCUCUGAUCAUCACUACAGAUGACUCACCCGGCGGCCUUCAGCCCAGUCCCAUCUCCCCACGGUCACUGUCCUCAAACCCCUCUUCUCGCGAAUCCUCUCCCAGUCGGGAUCUGUCACUCAGUCCCGCCAGCCUGAGACCGCCAAUUGUCAUCCACACUUCAGGGAAGAAGUAUGGCUUCACCCUGCAGGCCAUCCGUGUGUACAUGGGCGACAGUGAUGUCUACACGGUGCAUCACAUGGUGUCGAGUGUGGAGGAGGGAAGCCCAGCUCACCAGGCAGGUCUUCACACUGGAGACCUGAUCACACACGUGAAUGGAGAGUCUGUUCAAGGCCUGGUUCACACUGAGAUGAUAGAACUUUUACUGAAGAGUGGCAGCAAGGUGGCGCUUCAGACCAUAGCACUUGAGAACACGUCGAUCAAAGUUGGUCCAGCUCGAAAGACUAAACACAAAGGCAAGAUGGCUCGCCGCAGCAAGAAGAGCAAGAAGAGAGACAAUUAUGACAGGCGACGCAGCAUCUUGAAGAAGCUGUCCAAGCAGAGCACAGUGAUGCACAGCAGUCGCAGCUUCUCCUCAGGUCUCCACCACUCAGUUUCCUCCAGUGAGAGUCUUCCAGGCUCCCCAACACACAGCCUCUCUCCCGGCCCCUCCACGCCCUGCCGAAGUCCUGCACCCGACCAUCAGGCCUUUGAAAACAACUCUCCUCAGAGCACAUCUCCUUGCUCCAGUUCUCCCAGUUCCCCUGCUGCACACAUCCGGCCCAGCUCGCUCCAUGGCCUGGGCUCCAAACUCAGCACACAGCGCUACAACAAGGUUGGCCGCCGAAAGUCAACCAGCAACAUCCCCCCUUCUCCACUUGCCUGUAAUUCCUCAUCAUCCUCCACCCAGCCCCUCUCUCCACAGCGUUCGCCCUCCCCACUCCCAGGCUUCGCCAAAACUCUUCACUCCUACCAUGGCAAAACCCUGUCGCCACCUACUAUUGUUAGACACAUUGUCCGGCCCCGCAGCGCUGAGCCGCCCAGAUCUCCCCUGCUCAAGAGGGUCCAGUCAGCUGAAAAGCUUUCUGGAGUUUAUCAUGCUGAUAAGAAGUCAUAUACUCCCCGCAGGCACACACUGGAAGUACCAUUUUAUGGUGAAGGGGAGCUGCUGGGUGACUCUGAAGUAGAGGGGGCCUGUGGAGGCCCCUAUAUCGGGGUCGAUUACAGCAGGCUUGGCAGCUACACCGGUAACCAAAGGAUGUGGGACUCUGGGAUAGACCGAUCAGAGCAGCUGGUUGUGAUGCGAAAGCUCAACCUGUCAGAGCGGCGAGACUCCUUUAAGAAGCAGGAGGCGGUGCAGGAGGUGAGCUUUGAUGAGCCAGAUGAGAAAACUAGCACCACAAUUACGGUGACCACCACAGCCCCAGGAGAACAAACACAACCCCAGCAGCAGCACAGGAUGGCCUGGAUGAUUGCUCGACCCCAAACCGAGGAAGUGGAGCUGCAAGUGCCAGUGGUGAGGAGGUUUACCCUCGUCCCCCAGAUCGCUGUGCAGGGCUCGACAGAGAGCGAGGAGCAGGAUGAGUGGGAGCCGUGUUCAGACGGAGAGGACAGCAACGAGAUGCCUGAACUGGAGGUCGCCAUCACUCCACCUCAGCAACAGGCCGGACAUCCUUGCAAUGAAAACAGCUGCAGUCAGGCAGCAGAAACCACUUCCACUGGUCCUCAAGCUGGACCAUCAACAAAACAGACUGAGUGUAGAGAUGAAACACCACAAAAAAGGCAUCUGAGAAAGUAACUGCUCACCACUGUACUCAGUUCAACUGCUCAGAUCUUUCUUUCAUGUAUUUCAAGGGGUAACAUGAAUUACUGCUGAAGGAAAACUCACAGGUGAGGAGGGAUCUGCUCGGAG